AACAGCAGUUAAAUGACCACUUUCCUCGGCGUUUCUUUCGCACGGUUUCUUCUUUCUCUUCCUUGAAUCGCUGAACCUAGCGGGGUGCUGAUGAUGAAGAAACCCACCCCCGAUUCCCCUCUCUCUCUCUAGAUAUUUUCACCGUACGCCCGCUGUCCUCUGCUUCUUCAGCGCUUCUCCACAGGGACAAUCUCAAUCGCCAAUUUGGGGAAACACCUCCCAAAACCCUAGAAGAACUUGGCGGCUUCAUAGCCGUUAAUUGGACUGAAAAUUCCACCGCAUUCCCUCUCAUUCUAUCCCUAUAUAACACAAAACUAAUACGAUUCCACAAUGCCUAAGAGAAAACGAAAAGAUGACCAUAAUAUAACCACCUCUCCUCAUCCUCAUCCUCCUAUUCCACCUUCAGAGUUGUUGUCAUGUUCCUCAAGAAUGGCCUCUCUAACUAAAGAGCAGAAGUCUUCAAGAAAAGUUGAUAAUAAUACAGUAAAAUCUCUAGCAUCUAUCAUAGAUAUCACAGAUUGUCCUGAGAAGCAAUCCGGUAGCCACCAGUCGGAUCAGAAUCUUAAUCAUACGAUUUUAUUGAGACAUCCGCGUUAUUACAUGGGCCGUCAAUACGUUCGCAGAAACUCUUCCAAAACUGCAGGUACUUCAACUUCUCAUGGCAAAGUUACUCCAUCUCAAGCUGUUGAAAUGCGUUUCCCUGACUCCAACAAGUCUUCUGGUAAAGAUGGUGGACAGUAUGCAGGGGGUGAUCAAGAGCUAGAAUUUUGCAGAGCGAAAAGAGCAAGGUCUAGUUCUUUGUCAGCAGCAGUUAACACCGCCGCCUCUCCUUCUUCUUCCCGUGAUGCGGCAAAAAUGGCAUGUGGGAUUUGUGAGAGGCUGCUGAAAAGGAAGCCUUACAUAACUCUGGACAAUGCAAUAUCUACUGGUGACAUAUCUGUUGUUGCGGUUUUGGUUUGUGGGCAUGUAUAUCACGCAGACUGUCUUGAACAAGGAACUUCGGAUGAAAAUAGACAUGACCCCCCAUGUCCAAUGUGUUCAGGUUUGCUCCAACAAACUGCUGUUGAUGGUUUGGACUGAUUGAUUUCUAUCUGAAUUUUGGAUAUUAGGGGAAAAAAUAAUGAAAUAUAUAGUACGGUGGGUUGUUAUAGUUAUGUACUUUUGAGUGAAAUGUCUGUUGAAGGUGGUCUUGGUGGAUGUUUUUACUUUUUUAUUUUUUUAUUUCAUGAUCCUUGAACUUAAUCAAUCAUAUAAACAUAAAAUAAUAUUGUAGCUUUUUUUUUUUUAGUUA